AUGCCUACUAGAAUCAACGUCAACGCUAAGCCCUUCCGGUCAUCAAGGCUAGCUGUACCGCCAUCGCCUUUCUCACCUCUCAGUCCCCUCACACCUCCUGUUUUGAAGCGCACAUAUUCUGCCACUCCAGAUGUAGACUUGAUCGAACAUUUACCUCCUCCUACUCAACAACCGAUGAGAUGGCUCUGGUCUUGCCAUAUCUGCCACCGCCAAUACAAUCUCUCAGUCACCCGCCGCUGUCUAGACGACGGCCAUUAUUUCUGCGCCGGCACGUCUAUGGUCCGCUCUCGCAAAGACGGCAAGAAAAGAUUACAAAGACACAGAGCUUGCGGUUCCGAAUUCGACUACGCCGGUUGGAAAGACUGGGGUUGUUGGAGAAGGAACUUGCUCGCUUUGACAGAACAGCAGAGACAGAUGAAAAGUCCUUGCUCCAGUUCCAGUGUUUUCGAAGGUGAUGACGAAUCAGAGGACGACAUGGUCGAUGAGAUCGCUCCUGUUGCUCCACCUAUCGCUCCUGCAUUCCCUCGCUCGUCUUCCUGGCGUGUCAGUAAACCAGUCAUCCCCCAACGCCCCAUCAAAGAUUGCUGGAACCGCUGCGACUACCCCUCCGAAUGCCGCUGGGGCAAACAAUUCGGCGUAGACACGCCUGUACAAGCUACCUUUCCCACAUUGAGCAAAGUCUCCAGCACACGGAAUCCGAAACGGGCUACAGAAUUCGUGGAUGUGGAUAUGAGUGAUGCGCCAAAGACGGAUUUCAGGGAUAUCUUGACUGCUGAGCAGCAGCAGGUUGUUGCUGAAACUAUUGAUGGUGUGGAAUGUGAGGAUAUCACUACUGCUACCACUUCAGUCACACCUGCUCUGGCUGAUCUUGCGAAUUUGGUCUCGAGAGCUCAGCGAAGGCAUUCGAGAUCUGAAACUCCUGUUUCGCCUUUAGCGUCAAACGAACGACCUGCAGUUACAAGAAGUUCAUCAAGAGAAACCCUGAAGAGAGCAGUUGAGGGUAGCAUUGGUGCUAUCGCUGGCUUCAUGGGUGGUUGGAGAAGCAACAGUGCACCGCCUGUGGGUAGAAGAAAGGAAGAAGAGGAGGUAUUUGAGGAUGUGGAUAUUGUUAUGGAAGAUGUACAGAGUGGAAGAAGGAAGAGUUUUGGAUGA